CGCGCACGUCACCGCACCGGAUGUUGAUAUAAAGUCUGGCGGAAGAGCAGAAAGAAAACACAGCAGCGCGAGCUCGAGCUGAACGGAAAUAAACAAACGGUCGAUCAGAAGCGGCUGGUGUGUUUGUGUGCAUCAUGGGCCGCAUCUUCCUGGAUCACAUCGGCGGGACGCGCCUGUUCUCCUGCGCCAACUGCGACACCAUCCUGACCAACCGCUCCGAGCUGAUCUCCACGCGCUUCACCGGCGCCACCGGACGGGCCUUCCUCUUCAACAAGGUGGUGAACCUGCAGUACAGCGAGGUGCAGGACCGCGUGAUGCUGACCGGCAGACACAUGGUGCGGGACGUCAGCUGCAAGAACUGCAACAGCAAGCUGGGCUGGAUCUACGAGUUCGCCACCGAGGACAGCCAGCGCUACAAGGAGGGCCGCGUGAUCCUGGAGAGGGCGCUGGUGCGCGAGAGCGAGGGCUUCGAGGAGCACGUCCCGUCGGACGCGUCCUGAGAGGAGCUUUCCGAAAGAAUCCCUCUCUGACGCUGACUCUCAGAUGUUUGUUAGGCCAAACCGUGAUUUCAACUCUAUAGAUUUACCAGUACACAUGCACAGCAGCUCAGAGCUUAAGAUGCACAAUCUCUUCUGCAAUUGGCUAAAACAAACGCGCCACGUAACGACCAGACCGCCUGUGCGUGACGGGAUCCCAGUUCGGACGAUUUGACAGAAAUGCAUACGUUCGUGAUCUCUUUUCCCUCGUUUCACACAUUUUAAAGCGUGGAGUUGAGUUUGUGCCAAAAGUGUCGUCUGCUUUGUGCCGUCUGUCUGUCUGCUGCUGUUUUGUGUCAUUCAUUUGUGUUUUAUGUUUCUGCUCUCAGAUAUCCAGAUAAACAAACAGAACAAUUAGCUUUCUUCAAUAAAAAUCUUCUCACCAUCUUUCUCACAGAGCAUUUGUCUGUCUGCUGUUGUUUUGCGCCAUUUGUUUUUGUAUCUUCUCUCUGUGACCUCUGUAUUAUUCUUUACAGACGCCGAUAUCCAGGUAAACGAACAGAAUGAUUAGAUUUGUUCAAUAAUACAUUUCUGUCCAUCUUUCUCAAACUCUGAAUGCUAAAAGAUGAUUAUAGACUAUAGAUUCGUUCACUUUUACAGGACAGAAAAAUAAAUGCAUCUGAAAGUUUUAGAAAAAGUGAUUGUUCUGUUUGUUUAGUUGGCUGUUUGUAAAACAUUACAGAAUGUAAAGCAUAAAACGGAGCUGAACAAAUGACACGCCUAACGGCAUGCAUUCAGUAACAGCUGACCUGGACAAAUGCCCUGAACAAUCCAGUCGACACUUUUGGCACAAAUGUAACUCCAUAAUUUAAGAUCUCUUGUAUUUGCGUUGUUGAAACAACAUCUGCCACCGUCACUGGGAAACAGGCGUUCGUGAAUGUACCGAAUGACGAAUCGCUACUGAAAUGAUGUAGAUUUCCCCACAAAGUCUCAGUUUGUUUUCUUAAAAAUUUCCCAAUCAUUGAGGAUUAUUGUAAAGCCUUCUUUAUCAUCUUUAAUAACUCAUCCAUUUCUGCGUCUGUGCUUUCUCUACAGUCAUGUGACCAAACAGGUUCAGGAUUUCAGACUGAAUAGAUCUGAACGUCUUUCUGGUUGGACAGGCUUUUAGCAGGAGUUUAAGAUGAGCUGCAUUCACUGCGUCUGUGAUCUGUAGUCAAACGCAUGAGUGAAACGUGUUCAAAUCAAAACAUCCGCAAGAUCGCAGACGCUUUAAA